ACCUGGGGGGUAUUCCAGAAAGCUUGGUUAACUUACCAUUUGAUAAACUAUAACCUCUGGGUUGAUUUACCCCAAACAGGCAUACCAUGAGUAUGUCGGUUCCAAAACACCUGAGAAGAGUUAGUUUAAUCAACCUCUGACUGGUUACCCAGAGUUAAUGCGCGUGCACAGUGCAUGUAUAAAGACAUUUUCAAUGGAUCGCCGAUUUCACGAGUCACCAUGGAAACUCAAAGCGAAAAAAAGAGAGCGGCGUAUUUCACAGAGGCGGAGUUGGAAGUUUUAAUGCAUGCUUAUGAGGAGUUUAAGCCAAUAAUAUUAAAAAGAAGCAAUACAGCUGCAUCGGCUAAAGCAAGAGAGUUGGCUUGGCAAAAAAUAACGGACAGAGUAAAUGCGUGUAAUCCUUCUGGAGCCACAAGAACUUUAAGCCAAGUCAAAAUGAAACACAAAAACAUUCUGCAAAAAGCUAACAGAAAGAAGACUGAAGCCCGUCUAACUGGCGGGGGGCCACCACCACCUCCCCUCACCCCCUCUGAGGAGCUGGCUCUGUCCCUUAAUAAAGGGCGACCAGUGGUUGCUGGCAUUCCAGGGGGCAGUUCAUCACACAUACUAUGCACCACAAGUGAUGGUGAAAAAAGGGUGACAUAUACUGAUGGACGGAUUGUAUUAUUGGACUCUCCAGAAAGAACACAGUCUGUCACAGUUGAUGAAGAUGAUGAUGACGAUGAAGAGACCACAUCUGCUGUGACAGAAGUGGACAAUGCUGGUAGAUCCACUGAGUACAUACCUAGGGAUUUGCCCACAGAUGAGGGUCCUUCAGCCUCAGCACACAAUCUAAGCAGGUUGCCAGCAAAGGAGCUGUAUAAGGUCCAUCUUCAAAAACGAAUAAGAAAAAGUGACAUGGAGAUGGACCUUAUACAGCUUCAAAUGGAAGAGAAAAGGCUCCUCAUUAAAAAAGCAGCACUUGAAAUAGAAUUACUUGAGAAUUGCCUUAAGGAAAUGAAGAAAUAAACUGCCUGGCAGACCAGUGCAAAAAAAACUAAUAAAAGUAAUUUUGACAAAUCCUGUCUCUCAAAAGUCUUCCGUCUCUGUUGGCCUCUAAAAUCUGUCGGUGUUCCUCUGGGCCAUCUUUCUCAAUACAAGGAGGGUGGCUCUCUCCUCUUAUAGUGGCAAUAUUGUGAAGCACAACACAAGCCACAAUAAUGUCGCAUGCCCUCUCUGGACUAACCCGGAGCCCACGCAGACACUGAAACCGAGAUUUGAGGAUCCCUAUAGUCAUCUCCACCUUGGCCCGUGUUCGGCUGUGAGCCAGGUUAAACCGUGUCGGUGGUCCAGGCUCAGGUUCAGGGUAGGGUGUCAUUAAAUAGGGCAGACAAGGGUAUCCUCUGUCCCCCAGCAAGUAACCAUUGUACUGUCCUGUAAUGAUUGAAGUGUACAACACAAAUAUAGUAAAAACGAAAAAACAAAAAUUGUAUAAAGCAAAUCAUACCCUGCUGAAAUGUCUGGCAUAAUAAUGACUCGCGGAAAAUUCUGGCAUCAUGCACAGAUCCUGGCCAUUUUGCCUCGACAUUGGUGAUGAUUUGGGUUGCCUCACAUAUUACCUAUAGUUAGUGGAAAAAGUAAUGACUUUGAUGAUUUUAAGAAGGGGAAAAAAUCAAGUUGUUACCUGCACAUUGAUACUAUGAAUAGAUUUCAUAUUAACAUAGUCUCCCUCAUUUAUUGAUGGAGCUUUGAAUGUGAGUGCCAUCAAUGCACCCAAUUACAUUUGGAAACCCUGAAACAGAAAGUUAUGGAAGUAUGAAGUGUGUGCAUAAUGAAUACAUGUAUAGAUAUUAAUAAUAUGACUACAUAUUAAAUAUGCGUUAUAUAUUUUACUACAAAGGACAAACCUGCCACUCUGUGGAAUUCGUCUUCAAUAACAAGCAGAGGUUUAUGGCCAGGGAACUGUACAAACGUGGGUAACAACUGUUUAAGUGCCAGACACACUGUACGAACGGCUCUACACACAGUUGCCUUUCCCACAUGCUCUGAAUCGCCCACACUGUACAAAAAAUGUCCAGACGCAAAAAACCUAAGUGCUAUGCACAGAAUGUUUUCUGUGCUAAGCGCAGAGCCGCGGUUUGUCACAUUUGCGAUAUGCGGUUUUAAAAGACGUGUUAAAUAAACUAAUGAAUCUUUUGAAAAACGAUAACGCUCUUUUAAAUAUUCAUUAGGGUAUGCAAACACAUCAAUACGCGGUCUUAUAACCCUCUCCCGACGAAAAAAACCUUGUAUAAUUUGUGCUUCUACGUCCACAGGAUCCUCGUCAAAAGGGCACGCCAUGCUCACCAACCUUCUGAAACGAAGUUACACUGAAACAUAACCUGCUCUCGAGCAGGUUAUCUUCAGAGAGUCAGUUGCUAUGGUUACAUACAUACCCAGAAAGUUACCUCUGUUUUUGGAACCGAACGUUGAGGUUAUCCACGAACUUACCCUUAAACAUACCGAGGUAUGUCACAUAACCUGCUUUCUGGAAUACCCCCCUGGGCAGGUUCACUUUCUAGCAAAAAAUCCUUUGCUAUGUCCCAAACUGAAGUGUGUGGACUCCGAUGUGCGAUUACGUCACAGCGUCACGACGUAAGCUGUCCAAAAGUCAGAAUGCGCACUCCGAAGGGUGCACUCUGAAGUGUAGAUCUUAUGGACACUUCGCACCCUACCAUAUCCCAGAAUCACGUGUGUGCAUACGACGACGGAGUUUAUAUUCAAAGAACAAGGCAGGUGAGAGCUCUUUGGGGGACUUUAUAUUGAAAUCAUAGUUCAGGAUUAAGAUCAGAAGACCGCAUCAGCUUGAGCCCAGCGCUGUCUCCAUGUGUUCUGGGGUCUUCAGGAGGUCAAUCUCUUGGGGAAUGUCCAGCAGCUCCUCAGAGACUCGGAGGAUAAUACAGUGACAGUGGAACGAGACACACGUCAAACACUCUGGAGACCAUCUGUAUGAUGUACCACUGGCAGACAGAAGAGAAACACCAGGGUUAACAAAACCAUUAAACACCCGUCCAGCACUCCAACAUUCAGCUUUAUCCUGCACAGGAGUCUAGUCUGAUUUAGGGACAGAAGGAACAGAAAACUGUUUAGAGCUCUGACAACGUGAUUGGUAGAAGAUGUAUUAAGUAAACUACUUUUUAUAACUAACAAUACCAUAUUGGCUAAAAUCUAAUAAUCAUGUUUAAACCCCCCCCAAAAAAAUCCUUUUAAGUAUUAUCUUGCAUACUCUAAUAUACUUAAGAUAUUGAGAGUAAAAGUAAAGGUAUGUACAGUAUUAGAUACUGUCCAAGAUACUAGAAAAGGUGGUAUCCUCACAAUUAUAUUCCUUCUUGGAGAAAAAUGGUAUCUGUGAGGAUUUACACCGUAUCAUUGUACUGAGACUGCUCUCCUUAGGCCGGGCAUACACGGUGUGAUUUUCAUCCGAUUUUGAGCCGAAUUCUGACUCGUGCGACUCUUUUUUUGGGUCGGGCCAAAUUUCAGCAUUUUCGUACGUCGUUUGUCGUGCAGUGUACACAGGGAAACGAGAGGUGAUAAGCCUCUCCUGACCGGCAGUCGGUUAGUCGGAUGGAUUUCUGACACAUCAGAAAUGUUGGUCGCCUCUCGUGAGGUAUCGCACUAUUUAAGCAGGGCUAGGAACCGAUUUUAAAUGAAAUUUCCACACAGAGGUACGCUAAAUGUUUGGAGAAUGUGGUUUCCCCAAGUUUUUUUAAUAUACCACUAUCAGCUGUUAAAUUUGAAAAUCAUAUACAUCUAGCCAAGUUUUGUAUGCAAGUUUCCCCUUCCAGUCAAUGCGAGUGUCAGAAGACCGGAAGUGUAUGCACACACUGAAGCUCACCGGCGCCAUCUUGUGCACCUAGUCCAUAGGACAAAUUUUGCUGUAUUUGUGCACAUACCCAGUAGGGCCAAACAUAUGUCCUCUAACCUUAACCACACGCAUGUCAUAUUCAGAGCUUUGCGUGUGCGCCGUCCCUUUAAAAUGGACCACAGACAUGAGAGCAAACCGCAUUAUAAAGGUAAAUGUAAAUAAAGUAUAUAAAAAUUAUUUGACCCUUCAGCUCCAAACCCAGUCCUAGAAGGCCAGUGUCCUUUAAAGUUUAGCUCCAACCCCGAUUACACUUAAACCAGCCAAUCAAGUGCUUACUAGACACUUCCAGAUAGUGGUUCUAUAAACUUUAGCACUCACUCUGAAAAGACACGGAACAAGAAUAAUAACUUAAAGGCUUUAUUUGGCUAGUGAAACAAUGUUGACAACGCAAAUACACAGCACCUGGAACGCAUUCAGCAGGACUCAAGGCAACAUUUGAAGCCAACUCGUGGUCCUGUUAUGCCCAGAGUAGUCGUCCUGAGGCGGCAUCGUGCUGACGGUGGCGUUAUCCCCAGAGUCGUCCUGAGGCGGCGGCGUCGUGCUGACGGUGGCGUUAUCC